UUUCCUCCACCCUAAACACCGCCCUGAGGGCGGAGGCGACCGUGGUGAUUGCAGCUGCUUAGGGGCAGGGCUUGCCCCAGCUCUGAGUGCUAGCACUGGAGUGGUUGCGUCGGGGUUGCCUGGGAUUGGGGAGACCCGGGGGCCUGGGAGCGGCGCUUGGCGGGCAACCCUCUCUGUCUGUGGACGCGGGACAUCCGGAGCGCUCCGAGGGGCUUUUGCCCUUGAGGAGACGUGGGGUUCCAGGGCGGCAGGUGACAGGGCCAGAGAAAGAUGGAGCAGUUCGGGGCGGCGGCGUCGGGAGCUGGAGGAGGCGGCGAGGAACCUGGCGUGGGCCGGAGCAACAAGCGGAGCGCGGGGAACCGGGCCGCCAACGAAGAGGAAACGAAAAACAAACCCAAAUUGAACAUUCAAAUAAAAACUUUGGCAGAUGAUGUGCGUGACCGAAUUACAAGUUUCAGAAAAUCUACCGUCAAAAAAGAAAAACCUUUUAUUCAACAUCCUAUUGAUUCUCAAGCCGUGAUGAGUGAGUUUCCAGCGGCUCAGCCAUUAUAUGAUGAACGAUUUCAGAAUUUGUCUGAAAAGGAAGUUCUGGACCUCUUUGAGAAAAUGAUGGAGGAUAUGAACCUUAACGAAGAAAAGAAGGCCCCUUUACGAAACAAGGAUUUUACCACCAAGCGUGAGAUGGUUGUCCAGUAUAUUUCUGCUACUACCAAAUCUAUAGUUGGAAGUAAAGUUAUGGGUGGCCUGAAAAACAGCAAGCAUGAAUGCACCCUGUCUUCACAAGAAUAUGUUCAUGAAUUGCGAUCAGGUAUCUCAGAUGAGAAACUUCUCAACUGUCUGGAAUCUCUGAGGGUUUCCUUAACCAGCAAUCCUGUCAGCUGGGUUAACAACUUUGGCCAUGAAGGACUUGGACUUUUACUGGAUGUGCUGGAAAAGCUUCUGGACAAAAAACAGCAAGAAAAUAUCGACAAGAAGAAUCAGUACAAACUCAUUCAGUGCCUGAAAGCAUUUAUGAAUAAUAAGUUUGGACUGCAAAGGAUUUUAGGUGAUGAGAGGAGUCUUUUAUUGUUGGCAAGAGCAAUUGACCCCAAACAACCCAACAUGAUGACUGAAAUAGUAAAAAUACUUUCUGCUAUUUGCAUUGUUGGUGAAGAGAACAUUCUAGACAAACUUUUAGGGGCUAUCACUGCUGCAGCUGAAAGAAAUAACAGAGAACGAUUUUCACCAAUUGUCGAAGGAUUAGAAAACCACGAAGCCCUACAACUCCAGGUGGCCUGCAUGCAGUUCAUAAAUGCACUUGUCACUUCUCCAUAUGAUCUUGAUUUUCGAAUUCAUUUGAGAAAUGAGUUCCUCCGUUCUGGACUAAAAGCAAUGCUCCCAGGUCUUAAAGAAAAAGAGAAUGAUGAGCUUGAUAUUCAGUUGAGAGUGUUUGAAGAGAACAAAGAAGAUGACCUAAAUGAAUUAUCCCACCGUCUCAAUGACAUUCGAGCUGAAAUGGAUGAUAUGAAUGAGGUCUACCAUCUUCUCUAUAAUAUGCUGAAAGACACUGCAGCUGAAAAUUACUUAUUAUCCAUUCUGCAGCACUUUCUGCUUAUCAGAAAUGACUAUUAUAUAAGGCCACAGUAUUAUAAAAUAAUUGAGGAGUGUGUUUCACAAAUAGUGCUGCACUGCAGUGGCAUGGACCCGGACUUCAAGUACAGGCAAAGAUUAGACAUUGAUUUGACUCACCUGAUAGAUGCUUGUGUAAACAAGGCAAAAGUUGAAGAAAGUGAACAAAAAGCAAUGGAAUUUUCAAAGAAGUUCGAUGAAGAAUUCACAGCUCGUCAGGAAGCUCAAGCGGAGCUUCAGAAAAGAGAUGAAAAAAUCAAAGAACUGGAAACAGAAAUCCAGCAGCUUAGAACCCAGGGAGCUCCAUCUGAGAUCCCAGGCCCACCUCCACCACCACCACUGCCAGGUGCUGGACCGUGCCCACCACCUCCUCCUCCACCACCACCUCCACUUCCUGGAGUAGCUCCUCCUCCUCCACCACCUUUACCUGGUAUGCCUGGUAUUCCACCACCACCACCACCACCGCCCCCUUUGCUUGGAGGACCUCCUCCACCACCACCCCCUGGAGGAAUUCUUCCUCCCCUACCAGGAGCAAUUGAGCUACCAUAUGGAAUGAAGCAGAAAAAAGUAUAUAAACCAGAAGUAUCCAUGAAAAGAAUCAACUGGUCCAAGAUUGAGCCUAAAGAAUUAUCUGAAAACUGUUUCUGGCUAAAAGUAAAAGAAGAAAAGUUCGAGAAUCCAGACCUAUUUGCAAAAUUGGCCUUGACAUUUGCUUCCCAGAUAAAAGGUCAAAGGAAUGCAGAUGCUGCAGAAGAAAUUAGGCCCGGGCCUCCAAAGAAGAAAAUGAAGGAAUUGAGGAUUUUGGAUCCCAAAACAGCCCAGAAUCUGUCUAUAUUUCUAGGAUCUUACCGCAUGCCAUAUGAGGAGAUAAAGAACAUUAUUUUGGAGGUUAAUGAAGACUUGCUCAGUGAGGCCCUAAUUCAGAAUCUUGUUAAAUAUCUUCCUGAGCAGAAUGUACUCCGAGAACUAGCAGAGCUUAAGAAUGAAUAUGAUGAUCUCUGUGAGCCUGAGCAGUUUGGUGUUGUGAUGAGCUCGGUGAAAAUGUUGCGGCCUCGUCUCACAAGCAUCCUUUUCAAACUCACCUUUGAAGAACAUAUAAACAACAUCAAACCAGGCAUCAUAGCAGUAACUCUUGCAUGUGAAGAGCUGAAGAAAAGUGAAAGCUUUAACAGACUUUUAGAGUUGGUUCUUUUGAUUGGAAACUACAUGAACUCAGGCUCAAGGAAUGCCCAGUCUUUGGGCUUUAAGAUCAACUUUCUUUGUAAGAUCAGAGAUACAAAGUCAGCAGAUCAAAAAACAACCCUUUUGCAUUUUCUUGCUGAAAUAUGUGAGGAAAAACACCGAGAUAUCCUGAAAUUUCCUGAUGAGCUGGAACAUGUGGAAAGUGCAAGCAAAGUGGCAUUUCCACUGCUCCAGAAAAAUCUGAUCUCAGAAAGACAGCAGUUCAUAGUAACUGAGAAAGACAUCAAAAGAAAAGGAAGAGCACAAGGUAAACAUUUUUCCUUUGUAGAGAAAUUAGCUAACUUUACAAAGAAUGCCAGAGAGCAAUAUGAAAAAUUGUCCACCAUGCACAACAAUAUGGUGAAGCUCUAUGAGAACCUGGGAGAAUACUUCAUUUUUGAUCCGAACACAGUAACUAUAGAAGACUUUUUUGGUGAUCUCAACAACUUCAGAAACCUAUUUUUGGAAGCACUGAAAGAAAAUCAUAAGAGAAAAGAAAUGGAAGAGAAGAGUAGGAGGGCAAAACUUGCAAAAGAGAAAGCUGAACAAGAGAAGCUGGAACGCCAGAAGAAGAAGAAGCAGCUCAUUGAUAUAAACAAAGAGGGUGAUGAGACCGGAGUGAUGGAUAAUCUUCUGGAAGCCCUACAGUCAGGUGCAGCAUUCAGAGACCGCAGAAAGAGAAUUCCAAGGAAUCCAGAUAACAGACGGGCCCCUCUGGAAAGAUCACGCUCUCGCCACAAUGGAGCCAUGUCAUCCAAGUGAUUCCUGAUGCCAGAAAGAAUGGAGACAUUUAAGAAAACACAAUAAUUCAUCUUGAGAAGAACAAAAUAUACACUCAAGGGUUUGAGUGGAAAUAAAUGCAUUUCCACAAAGGUCAAGCUGAGCUGGGUGAAGUAAUAUGUAUUUGUAGGAGUACUGCAAGUCCACUAAUCCGAACCCAGCUGUCCUGAUUACAAACCAGUUGUUCCUCUGUAGUGUAAAGACCCACAUUACUUGACAUUUGGAGACUUUACCUGACUGUGGAGGCAAAAGUAUAAAAAGAAAAUAGAAGAAUCUUAAGGCUCCUACAAACAUUCCAUUAGAUUCUGUCAAAGAAUGUAAAACUGAAAUUUCUAGGUCACACCUACCCACCCCACCCCACUGUCCAAAAAAAUAAAAGAGGAGGAAAGGGGAAUAGAUAGGAAGAUUUUUCAGUGUCUACUUCUAGCUCUUCGUGUGUAUGUAUAUAGUGUAAACUCCGAGAGAAUGGGUGCAAAUAGCACACUCUGAAAAAGAAGCCCCAGUCAAGGUAUUUAGAACCCAUUUCAAGUGAAAGUUGAUGGAUUCAUCUAUUUGGCAGAAAUUAAUCUUACCAUUAGUCUAGUGUUUCAGCAUGAUAUCACAGGCACUUAUCAUUACUAAAAAUACAAAAUCAGCUAGAUUUUAACUUUAUUUAAGAAGUGUUUUCUAAUUCUGCAUAGAUAUCUGCCUUAUAGAAAUUCUUCGGAAAGCUAUUUUUGAGAAAACCCCUACACUUCAUGUAUAUGCUAGGGAUGAGCCUGAAAAUUCUAUUGCCUUUAUUUAGAUUUGAGAGGAAAAUAUUGAUUCCUGGUUCUUCACUCUAGUGCUUCUUUCUCCCUUCAUCCCUGAGAGUUAGGGAAUAGAACUGCAGAAGAGUCCAGAGGGAGGAAAGGGAUUUCAUUAUGCAGGAGGCAGUAGAAAACUUUGUAAAGGUCAAUUGUUUUAUCUCCCUUUCCACCCCUUUACCUGUUCUACUUUGGUAGUUGAAGUAAAAGCAAGUAUCUGUGCAUGUGUGUGGGUGUGUGGAUGUGUGUGCACACGUGUGUGCGUGCAUGCAUGUGCAUGUAUGUACGCACGUGUGCAUGCAUGUUUGUGUACUUAUAUCUCUUACUGCAGUAAUUCCAUAUCCUUGUAACAAGGUAAACCUCUCUGUCAUCACCAUACUUACUUACCUUAUAUUAUUAACACAUUUCAGUGAUGCUGCCAAAACAACACUAGCAGAUAAAGAAACUCGGCAUUGUUUUAAACAUGUGAGAGAGCAGAAGUUAUACUUAACUUAUCUAUUCGCUUACAAUGUGCAUUUGUAAUAAUUGGUGUAACUUCUCUGGAGAGUAAUUUCAAGACUAAUUCAUGCAGAUGAUUAUGAUUGCUGUAAAAGAUUGCUUGUAUGUAUAUUUCUUAUGUAGAAAAUUCUAUUUCUCCAAAGCACAUUAUAGACAUUCAGAGAAAAGAACAAAUGACUGGCUUAGCAAGCCACCUUCUGAGAUAAUGUAAACAAGUGACCAGUAGCUCACAGCAUCUUUAUACUGAUGUAUAUUAAUUUAAACUGUUGCCUUUCAUCCUAGUGCAUUCUUACUUGGGUAUUAUAAUUCAAAAUACUCUGAAGCUGCUAUAAUAGAGAAAUCAGAAGGUAACAAUGUCUGAGGUUUUUUUCAUUUUUUUCUUAAGUGAAAAAUCUCACACACACGCACACACACUUAAAAACAUACCACUUUCACAUACUUUUUAAAACAAUAACUACAAAAUUUAAGUUCUACUAAUUGAUGUAAAUAACUACUGUAUGCAUUUUUGACUUUACAAAGUAUUUUCUGAAAUAUUGUGGUAUGGCUUAUUUGAGGUUUUGUGUUUUAUUUUUUAUAGAUUUUCAGGCUGUAGAAAAUUGAUCUUGAAAUGUAAACUUUGACUGAAAUUUAGGGCAUUUGCCCUGCCAUAUUACCUAACUGGUCAAGGUUAACAUACUGAUGCGUAUCACCUUUUCCAGAUGUGAACUUGCCUUAUUUUCUAGUUUGUAAACAGGAAUGAAUGAAGUACUGUUAUUGAUAAAUUAUAUAUUUGUAUUUAAAUGCAUUCCACAUGCUUUUCACAAACAUUAGAAAACCUUUCAGGGGACACAUAAUUAACUUAUAGGACUUACAGUAGUCCUGUUCCAGCCACUUGCACUUUUUAUUUUAGGUUGAGGAGUAUCAUCCAAAAAGAAAUAUAUAGUGCAAUUUUUAAAAUAAAACCAAAUUAGGCUGAAAUUUUUAUUUUUAUUUUUGUUUAUUUCUGCCACAGAUGAGAAAUGCCAUUUCUACAACUUUUUCUCUGGAAUGUUACCUAACAAGUUAACUGAUUAGUAUAUUUUCCUUUCGCUACUGUAAUGCUUGACAGUAAAUCUGAUGGUUUAAGAUCACAGCAGUGUAUUCUCCCAUGGUCCUGGAGGCUAGAGGCUUGACAUCUGGGCAUCAGACCAUUCAUGCUACCCCAAGAGGCUACAGCAGAGGCCCCUUCUUUGCCUUGUUCAUCUUUGGAUUGCCAAAGGCACUGUGUAGCUUAUGACCACAUUUUUCUGUUCCUCUUCACAUUACCUUCCUCUCUGUGUACCUGAUCUCUCUCUGCCUCUCUUGUAAGGAUGCUGAUGGUGGCAUUUAGAGACCACCAUAUUAAAACAGGAUGAUCUCACCACUGAUCCUGAACUUCCUGAUAUCUGCAUGACUCUUCUUCCCACCUGUCUGCCAACUGACCCCCAGAAUGUAUGUUUGCCCCAUAUGUAAAAUGCAUUCACCUCAUCUCAAUGUUCUCCAGGCUCAAAAGUAACUCCAAACUCUAAAAUUUCAUCCAAAUGCCAUUAGUUCCAAAUCCAAUAAUCUAGAUCGUCCAAUGAAGUAUAUGAAUGAUAUUUAGGUAUUCCCAUUCCUGGAACAAUAGCCUUUCUCUACCUGGUACUCAGUGAGAGAACAAAUAAAAAUGAAUUAUUCUCUCCUAAAAUAGCACUAGAGCAGGCGUGGACUAAUAACAAAGGAACUCCUGCUCCAAAAGGGAAAGAACAGAAAGUAGAAAGGAGUCAUCUGCCCCAACAGUUUUCCAAACAACCAGCCAAACAAGUUGCCCAUCGGUGUCAAGGCAUGGCAAUGGCUUUCUGUCUCAGAUAUCACCCUUUGGAACUGCAGCUCUUUUCUCUGCUCCAGGCCUCAGGUCUCUGCCUUUGUACCCACAGUUGCUUUUGCCUUUGGGGUGCUUCUUUUACUAAUCUGAAAGUUAUCACAUUUUGCAGAUAAGUAAUUUUAUUAGCAUGUUUUCUGACAAUGGUGAUCUAUCUGGCAGGCUUCUCUCAUUUCCUCCUAUCUGUUUGUUUCAAACCAAGCCAAAAGUAUUCUGAUAAUUACUGCAUUCUCAAAAAUCACAUGUGAGUUCCAAGUAUGUCAUGUCAAUCCAAGCUCACAGUUUUUUGGUUUUUGGUUUUUCAAGACAGGGUUUCUCUGUAGCUCUGGAGCACAACCUAGAACUAGCUCUUGUAGACAAGGCAGGCCUUGAACUAACACAGAUCCACCUGCCUCUGCCUCCCAUGUUCUGGGGAAAAGGUGUGUACCACCACCGCCCGGCAUCCUCACAGUUUUUUCAUAAAUAGUUUCAGCUCUAUGUGUGGUUGUCUUUGAGAUAGCUGAAUGAAUCCAGGAAUGUGUGCCUGAUCUAGUCAGUGCUUGCUAUUCUUUAAAAACUGGUAGGCCACAUCCUUCACCUUAACUCCAAAGCACAUCUUCACGCAGAAUUUUACCAUCUUUAAGAUUAACAAAAUUUACCAAAUUAAAUGAUGUUUCCUUAUUGGCAUAAUGGUUCUUUCUUCAAUUUACCUCCUCUUUUUCUUUUCUUAACAUUUUCAUUUCCUCCUAUUUAACUUUUUUAAAUUAGUAAAAAAGUAAUGAGUUUCACUAUGACAUUUUCAUUAACAUUUUGUUUUUCUUUUGAUUAUUCUCCCUACCUUCCAUCCUCCUGCCCUCACUUCCACACUACCCCCUGUUACGGUCCCAUCAGUAACUCCCAUUUCACCUUCAUAUCUCAUUUAUUAUCCUCCUUUCUCCUCCCCACUCCCUUAAGUCUGCUGGCCCACCUCCAGCAAGAAUGAAUUAGCUCAUGCCUCCAACAUUUGGCUUGCCAAGCUCCUCAGUUAAAUACCCGACUUUAUCACUUACAGGAUCAAGACUGGCUUUCCACAAAACUACAGGAGACAAUUCAGAUAAGUUGUUGUUUAGUUUGUUUUCUUUUUUGCUGCUAUAUAACAACAACUGUCUUUCUUCCAGGUCCCAGUACAAUAUUCAUUUCCUUUUGUGCCCUCACCAGAAAUGCCUUUAACAUUGACAUUCCCAACAGUGGUUUGGCUCAGGCAAUCUAUAGUUUCUCUAUUAAGUUCGUCAUCUAAAAUUGUUCCACCUUCCACCCAGUAGCCCAUUCCAAAGCCCCUUUCCAAUCUGUAAAUAUUUGUCAUAGCAAUAUCCCACCUCAUUCUAAAAUUUCUGUUAGGGUUCUAUGGUUACUGUAACAGAUUCCCACAACACAGUGGGAAACAAGAGUAGAUGUCUGGUUCUGUGAUGUUUUUAAGGUCACAAAUCCAAAGCCAAGAUAUUAACAAGACAGCACUCCUCUGAGGGCUUGGGUAGAAAAUCCAUUCUUUGCCUCUUUUCGUGUGUUUUUCAUUAGUCCUUGGGUUGUGGCUUCAUCUGCCUUUUUAACAUCAUCCCCUAUGUAUAUAUAAUCUACCUCUCCCUCUCUCUUGUAAGGAUAGUUUUGUUGACCCGUCCAGAUUAUCUAUGGUUACAUCCUCAUUUUCAGAGUCUAAAUUUAGUUACACCUCCCAAUACAUGCUUAACCAAAUAUGGUAAUAUCUCAAAUUCUGGUGAUUAGCACAUGAAUAAACAUGUCUUUUUGUGGAGGGGGCCAUAAUUCAACCACUACAGUAGUCACUGCAUACAAAUAUUCUUUAUACUUUUGAAAAUGCAUCCUUGGUGCUCAAGCCAGAUUUAAGGUUGUUAUUAAAAAGCUACUGUCUGCACAGGCUACUGCAUGCUUUGUUAUUAAAUAGACAAAAGGCUAUUCCAAAUUUUGGUUGAUACUUUUGCCACUAUAGCCAAUUAGUUGAAAAAAUUCAUGGAUCUCAACUCUGCUCUAGUGUAUCUCUUCUGCCCUUUUUAUGGAGUCUUUGUUCAGUUAUCUUCUCUGAUGCAUAAUGCAGGCACAAAACUACCUCUGAUACAGAAGGGUUCUUUAAAAGCUUCCUUUAGAUAUUGUGAAUCCCUCUGCUGAAGGGAGAGGUGAAAGCAAAGACGGUGUUGAAUGGGUAUUGAGGGAGAUUGUGUCCGUAGCAAGCCACCUUAAAGAAAUAGUUCAAGCAGCAGUAAAACUGUCGAUUUGUGCUCUCAUUUAGCCUCAGAACAAACACCUGUAUCUAUGCUGGACCAAUAACGACUUGCAAUCUCUAUAUAAUGCCUACUAAUUCAAUAAAGCUUAGA